GUGAUGUCAAUAAUGGGAAUGAAUCCAUAUAUUCCUCAGGCGAUAUUAAACUUUGGAAUGCAUAACCACCUUUUGACGGCUAUGGGUAUUGCUCACGGCCUAAACCCAGUCAAACAGAUGACCCUUUCACCGGUAUCUUGAUUCUGGUUCUUGGUGUGGUGGUUGUGUUCAGAGAUUUCAUUGUCAUAAUUGUAAGAGAAAGUGAUACCAUUGAUGUAUCAAAUACUAAGGGUGGAGAGAUGAAUAAGUAUCAAACAGUUGGGGUGGACUCCGAUGAGUGAGUCGAUGAUGACGACUCUGAUGAUUAUGUCAUUGCUGAGGCGGACUGUGAAUUAUCUAUGAUAGAAGGUGAAAAAUAUGAACUUUAAUCAAAACCCAAAAUCCCAAAUCAAAUCCUCUCAUUUCAUCAAAACUAAACCCUAACUCCCCCCCUAUGGACUAGUGAAUCCUUGGGUAAAGAUUUAAAUUCUAUACAUUUCAAAUUUGGAAAAAAAAGUUUUUAAAAUCGUUUUAAUCACAUUUUGAUGAUUUUCGUGAAAUUUUGGAAGAAUCAUUUUUUGAUUUUUGAAAUAUUUGUAUCAAAUUCUAUAAAUCAAAUAAAAAAUAUUCACGUUUCCAGUUUAAUUUUAUGAUUUUUUAUUUGCCAUAUAAAAUUAAAAGAAAAACCGAGCGCAUUAAAGAUUACACUAUGAGAUAUAAGGGCAUUGGAGCAAUUGUUCCUUUGGUUUGGGGUUGAACUAAAGUUACCUGACAGUAAAAGAAAGAGUUGAAGAAUGGAGGAGUAAAGUGAAAUAAUAAUUUAGUAAAACUAUUAAAAAGAGUUCCGAUAAGGUCACAUGGACAUUGUUUUCCUCUUCAGAACGCUUGAGAAAGCCCACACAACGGUACGUUCCUUUCAAAAUGUAAAAGGGGUUUUUGGAGUGAUGGGGUCCAUUGUUCGUGAAUGGGUUGGGUUUCAGCAAUUUCCAGCAGCUACCCAGGAAAAGUUAUUUGAAUUCUUCGCCAAAUUGAAGCAAAAGGAUAUGAACUCGCUGACAGUUGUUGUUAUGGGCAAAGGCGGUGUCGGAAAAUCAUCCACUGUCAACUCUCUUAUUGGUGAACAAGUUGUCCGUGUCAGUCCUUUCCAGGCAGAAGGUUUGAGGCCAGUGAUGGUUUCAAGAACAAUGGGAGGCUUCACUAUUAACAUUAUUGACACCCCUGGUCUUGUGGAAGCUGGUUAUGUCAAUCACCAAGCCCUCGAAUUAAUCAAAGGGUUUCUUGUGAACAGAACCAUAGAUGUGUUGCUCUAUGUUGAUCGUCUGGAUGUGUAUAGAGUGGAUGAGCUAGAUAAGCAAGUUGUUCAAGCAAUCACCCAAACCUUUGGAAAAGAGAUAUGGUGCAAAACCUUGCUUGUUUUGACUCAUGCUCAGUUCUCCCCACCCGAUGACCUUUCCCAUGAAAAUUUUUCCUCAAAGAGAUCAGAUUCUCUGCUCAAAACUAUCCGCGCUGGUGCCAAGAUGGGGAAACAACAAUUUGAGGAUUCUGCAAUUGAGGUUGUAUAUGCGGAGAACAGUGGAAGAUGCAGCAAGAAUGACAAGGAAGAAAAGGCAUUACCGAAUGGUGAAGCGUGGAUCCCGAACCUGGUUAAGGCGAUAACGGAUGUAGCAACAAAUCAGAAGAAAGCGAUUCAUGUAGACAAGAAGAUGGUGGAUGGAUCUUACUCUGAUGAUAAAGGAAAGAAACUCAUCCCUCUUAUCAUUGCCGCUCAGUGCUUUGUCGUUAAGAUGAUCCAAGGAGCAAUCAAAAGUGACGUCAAGAUAAGUGGAAAGCCACUUUAAGAGCUCUGUUUAUUGUGAGAAGAGUUUUUUUUUUCCUUGUUUCCGGCUUUAUGUUACUGUUGUUAUAUCUUGAGAUUUGUUCGAAUCAUUUACAUCCUCUUUGUCUCUGAGUUUUGCCUUCUUUUUUGCUUUAAAUUGUCAAGUUUAUUUGUUGUCUU